AUGUGGAUCGUUGACGAGAAAAAGUGGGAUGAAGAUGUUAGAGAUCGUACUGUGUCAUUAGACUUAGCUGAAAAAUGGAAAGACUUUCAAAAGGGGCUUUUGAAUGAUGAAAUCAAAACACAAUCACUAAUGUUACUAAAAUGCUUAGAGAUAGGAAAAAAUACAAAAUUACAAGAGGAAUCGGAAGAUAAAUCAAAAAUAUUAGCAAAAAGAAAGGAAAGAGAAGAGGAACUAAAUAGAUGGCUAUAUUUGAAAAGAAAACCCUUACCUGCUCUACCUAAAAAACAAAAUACUUUACAAAAAUUAGGUUCAAGAAUUAAAACCAAAAUUCCAAAAACUUCAAUUGGUAGAAAACAAAAAACAUCAAGCCCAAUAAUUUACUGCUCGAAUAGAAAACAAAUGAUUGAAAGUGAUAAGGCUUGUGAAAAAGAGGGGGACAAAAAAGAACUCCCUAAUUUACCAAAUCCAAGGGAGAGGAAGCCCACGAGGAUUUUAUGGAGAAAUCAGAGGAGUGAAGUAAAAAGACAGAAGCAAGAGUUUUUAGAUAAGAUAAAAAGUUUAGAAGAAAAGAUUAGCUGUCAAGAAGAAGAAAAUAAGCAGUUGAAAGCAUCAACUCCGCAAGAAUUAAUUAAAGAAAUCAACGAGUUAAAAACCCAAUUAGAACGAUUACAGCAGCAAAAUAGUCAAUUGAUUGCUCAAGUUGAAGUUAAAGAGACUAAAAAACGACCUUGA